AGUUAUCAACAAGCAAGGCAGCAUGUCUAUAAACACGGUUAACCCAUACGCAGAUAAUAGUCAGCUUUCACAACUAGAGCAGGAGCUUCUGUGGGAAUUUGCCAAACUGAGCGACAAAGUGAAACGUGCUGCCAGCUUGGCAAAGUUAACUGCCGAAUCUCCCAAUGAGUCGCUAUUAGCAGAACUGCGAACUUUAGAGAAGCGAAUGGGUUUGGUUCUCACACUGGUGAAAGCCUCAGUGUGGGCGGUGAUUGUAGAUUCACAAGCAGCCGAAGAAGCGAGACAGCAACAAUCCGCCGAGUCGGCACCCGAAAUAUCGUACAACGAAACGCGUUCAUGGGAUGACAGUAUAAUGCGGUAACCUUGGAGAAAUAUAUAGCUUUGGCUCUUGAGACCUGCUUUGACAGGAAAGCGCGGUGUAAUAAUGUGUAUUACUAUGUAUAGAAGCCAUCAAAAGUUUGUACAGGGUAUACUAUCGACAUUCAUCAUCGGUUAUCGAGAUGAAAUUGCUCUUCUUUGAUCUCUGAUCCAUUAAGAUGAGUAAGCAUUGUGGUAAGGCGUCGUCUCCUGGUCAUUCAUCGCUGCAGUGAUGUAGCAUUGGGUCCGCUACAGCCGACAGGUUAAGUUUAAUACAGUUUAAUAGCCAAGCGGAUAGCAGCAGUCACUCGGUUAGAUAACGUUUAAACUCACGAUUUUCCUGUCCUUGUAUGCCAUACAUGAAUGACAUCCAACUUCCAUUCGUGUAGUACGACAUUACGGCAACAACAUGCUGACCACAUGGUUGACA